AGUUGGUUAGAGAUUCGUGCUGCGAGGGCUGCGAGUGCUCUUUCCCGCGGAAAAGGAGCUGCUGCUGGAUAUUUGAGUGUUGUAGCGUCAGCAAGUUAAGAGCUUACAGAAGUUUUGAUUUUCUUCACUACAGCAUUUAUUAAAUUCGUAAGAUGUCUGGUCGAGGAAAAGGUGGUAAAUCAAAGGGAAAGGCGAAGUCCCGCUCCAGUCGUGCUGGGCUUCAAUUUCCUGUUGGGAGAAUCCAUAGAUUGCUACGGAAGGGGAAUUAUGCAGAACGAGUAGGUGCUGGUGCACCAGUUUAUUUGGCAGCUGUUAUGGAAUAUUUGGCUGCUGAAGUUUUGGAAUUGGCAGGAAAUGCUGCAAGAGACAAUAAGAAAACGAGGAUUAUACCACGCCAUCUUCAGCUUGCCAUUCGCAAUGAUGAAGAACUUAAUAAAUUAUUGUCUGGAGUAACCAUUGCCCAGGGUGGAGUGUUACCAAAUAUCCAGGCUGUGCUGUUACCCAAAAAGACUGGCCAAGCUCCUGUCCCAAGCAAGGGUGGAAAAUCCAAAUCACAAUCACAGGAAUAUUAAAAGCAUUUUUCAUAUUAUCCCUUUGUUACAUUAUCAGGAUUUAUCAGUUGUAUGAAUAUGGAUAGAGUGUUUUCAGCCUUUUCUAUGAAAGUGCUUAAUCAUGAACAGUAUGACUGAAUGAAUAUUCCAAACAGUUUCAGUUACAAGAGUUUGUGUACUGUUUGUUUUUCCUUUUCUCAAUAAAAUAUGAAAAUUACAAAUAU